ACUCAUUCCGACAAAGGCAUAGAUCAACUCAUUACAUUCUGUGCUUCAGUUCCACCAUGACACAUGCCAUUCUAUUGCUUGGAUUUAUAGCAAUAGCACAUUUUAGUGGUUCUCAAGCUGAAAAUGCCUUCAUAGAAUACUGGGAAGAACAUAUUGGUCUUCCACACCCACCACACUGGUUAGCUGCAAAGGCUACUUCAUUAAACGCACAUCAAGAGGCGGUGUUUGUGAGACUUAUAGAGAAAAAGGAAUUGUCUUCCCAACUGCGCUUGUUCUGUAAGCAAGCUAAUGUUGCUUGUUCUACAAAUGCACAGGUGAAUAACACAACUAGCAACACCACCUUGCCACCAUUAGCCCAAUGGAAUGAAGCGAAACUAAAAUAUAAUUUUCCAAGUGAAUCACCCCUUUCGGUUGCCAGACAAGGUGGAUUGCCAUAUUUUCGGGAGUCAAUGGUAAAAGAGGGAGGUUUCAUAUCCAUCCCUGAUCUAAGGGACCCAAUAUCAUAUAAAUCAUUCUUGCCACGAUCUCUGGCAUCAAAAAUCCCAUUUUCCUUUGCCCAAAUUGAGGAAUUAAGGAAGCUUUUUGGUGUGGAAGAUGAAUCAAACAUGGAUGAAUAUAUUCAAGACACCCUCAGGAUAUGUGAGAAGAGUCCCAUUACAGGUGAGAAGAGAACUUGUGUAACUUCUGCCGAGGAUCUUAUUGAUCUUGUCGUCCAGGAAUUAGGGCACUAUGUUCAUUUAUGGAGUACUGAAAGCGUUGAAGGAUCUUAUGAGAAUGUCACAAUUGGAGCUGUGAAACUCAUAUAUGGAAAUCUUUUUGAAUCACCAGCCUUGUGUCAUAGCCAGCCAUUCAUAUUUCAGGUCUAUUACUGCCAUAUGUUACAGAAAGUAAAAGUAUAUACAGUUGAUAUACUUGCUAAGAAGAAAGUGAAUCAUGUGAUCAUGGCAUGCCACUAUGACACAUCAACUUGGAACCCAAAUCAUAUUGCUUUUAAGUUAUUGGGUUUUGGGCCAGGCAGAAUCGAGGUUUGUCAUUGGAUAAAUGAGAAUGGAAUAGUCUGGACAAAAACUUUAGGUUGAGAAGAGAUUGAAGAUUUGAAUUUCUUCCAUUUCUCUUAUUUGUGUUACAUAUUGCUGCUUAUCUUAUGCUCUAUGAGGGAUAAAUAAUUAACCAUUUUGGUUUUCUUGUUA